GUGUGGCAGCACGGUGACAAACACUUUUUGUUUCCACGAAGACGUUUGCCUCGGCCGGACUCAACAGUGACAGCUGCAGCACAACUGACAGAGUCGUGGAGGGGGGUGAGCGGAGGCAGGAGGGCGCUUCGUAAAGAAAGACGGGAGUAUUCAACACGUUUGACAUGCAGGACACGGGUUCUCCUUAAAGAGAGAGGGAGCAGAGGAUGAGGAGAAACCAGACAAAGUUUGGACCAGGAGAAACGAGUUGGUGGGGCUGCAGGUUGCCAUGUUUGCCGGUAUCCCCCUCUUUUUUCUGGUGUUUGUGAGUCACCCUCCUUCACACACGCUCCUCGGCAGGGUUGGGCUUCAGAAGGCUCAGACGGGAAUGCACAACUGUGUCGUCUUUCCCACAUUUCUUUUCUCCUCUCUUGGAUUGAAGAUAUGAUUCGAACCCAGGAAGAACUCUGCCAGAGGAGCAAAUAAAAAUAAAAACUUGGACUGAACUCUUUGUCUGCCUGGACCGUUGCCUCAGGAGGAAAAAGAGACACCUUCAGACCCACCCCCUUCUUUUUGGACUCUGUAUCACUUGACUCUCUGCAGACUGGAUCUUUGUGCUCCAGAGAGGAGGAGGAGGUUUUAAACCCGGAUUACAAACCGUCUCUUUCUCUCCAGUUCUGAGGGACUUCCUGAUAAAAAUAAGACAUUAAAGCAUCUUAAUUUGUUACAUUUCAAAUAAAAAGUAAUUUAAUUUGAGCCCAGCGUGGGAUCAUCAUCUGCAUCGCAGUGCUCAGCUAAUUCCUCCUCUCCACUCCCUUUCUCUUUUGGCACAGUUUCUCUUCCUCCCUCUUUCUUUUCUUGUUUUGUUUUUAUUCCCGGCGUGGUGGAAAGCAGCCUGAUUGGAGCACUUCCUGUGUUUUAAUACCAGUGCAGGAAACAGAACAAACGGAGCUGAAUUCAAACACAAACAGCAAGCGAGCAGGGGGAGGGACGUAGAGAGAGAGAGAGGGGGAUGACGGGGGGAGCAGCAGGAGAGUCAGAGGAAAGGAGGGAUUUUUUUAGCAGCUGCAAACCAUUUUAGCUGUGUUGUGGCCUGAGAGCUGGGAGAGAAAAGAAAGCAAACGUUUCACAGAGGAGAAGCUGCGUGGCACUUUGUCUCAGUGUGGAGGAGUCGGGGAGCGAGGAUCGUCUGCCGGUUAAUCAGCAGAGCUGAGCUUGAACCGGAGCUGCAGGGUUCGUCUGGGACUUUGCCCUCUGGAUACGGUCCCACGACACUCUCUGCUCGCCUGGCUGGUCCUCCACCCCUCCCCAGCCCCCCUAUUUUGUCUAUCUACCCCCCGACGCCUCCUUUCACUCCAGCCUCAGCGCCUCCAGGAGCCAGCUCGUGUUGGAUCUACUGUACCUCCUCUCCCCUGCAGCUUCAGAUGAGAGGAAAGAGAAGAGAAGCACUGAUGGGGAUUUCUUGAACUCUUUGUUUGGAUUUUCCUUCAAAUAUUGUUCAGCUGCUCGGACAGACUGGAUCUAACGGUUGCUACGAUGAUGGAAGUUUUGAACAAAAAAAGAAGAAAAACCCUGGACCGAACCACAAAAUGGUUGUGGUAAAGGAGUUUUUAUAUUUCUCACAAAAAGAUUCUUUUGUUUUUUAAACUGUCUGAAAUAUUUGGGACAUCAGGAGAGAAAAGUAGCAGUGGAUGGUUCUACUUUUCUAUUCAUCGCACCCCACGCAGCUUUUCUUUUAUAUAACUGCGAGUGGGUUUUUCUCACCUUAAAAGGAGAGUUUUACRCUUCUCUGCCUGCCUCUCACUGCAACUGUUAAAGUUGUUUGAGCCCUCUCUGCCUCUUCCUGUUGAGCCACAGCGAGGACCAGAAAGGAAGGAAGGAACUCGAGGAGGAAAAGAGGAACAAGUUGGAUUUCUGACAGCAAAACAAAGGAAUGUUAUCGGUUUGACRCUCUCCCCCCACGCUGAGCUCCUCAGACAUGGAGACGGUGACUACUGCUUUCCAUCCUCCAUGUGCUCAUCCCUCCACUUAUCUCAUUCCAGCCAGCCUUUAAAACAAACAGCCCUGCUGAUUAAUAUGGUGCCGAGUGGGAGGGCUGUCAUCCUGGUUCCCUCGUUGAUGCCACUCAGCAUCUUUGAAAGACCAAGAAAAUGCUCGGCUGUUGAAGUAACAUAGUCCAAACGAAACGGAGGAUGUGAAACCUGAAGGGUUUAUUCGCUGCGGCCACAUGGACUGAAUCUAGUUUUGAUUAUUUGGACAGUUAGAAGUGAAGGACUCGUUUUCUCUGCACUGGUUUCAGUUUUAAAUCAUAAAAUGGGGAAACCUUUGAGCCGUCCCGACUGUCUGAGGCAGAGCCCUCGCUGCCUCGGAAAGGGUGACGAGGAUGAGACGUACAUCGAGGACUGCUACGUCCCGCAGCGAUCCAUUUACGACACCAUGCGCAUCAACGAACAAAUAGACCAAGGGACCAAACUGUGCCAACCCUCGAGGAGCACUUUGGGCUCUGGUGGGGAGGUACGAGGAGAAGAAAGGACCAUAUCCAGUAAUGGCACCAUUGGCGCUGAUCUGGGGAGUGUUUUUGUUUCCAGGAGCGCAGAUCACGCCGGCGGUGCAAAGAAACUAGACGAAAGGGUGAUCUUUGAUGCCUUGAAGCUGACCGGCGAUGCUCCGAUCAUGUCGCCACCGGUCGUUGGUUCAAGUCUGCCCAUUGCUCCGUCCUCAUCUGGAGCUGGUGGAGUGGUUGCAGUGGCCAAGAGGCGGCAUCAAGGUGGAGAUAAGAAGGACAAUCUGAACCGGCGGUCUUGGAAAGCUUUUUUCCCCCCAAGUUUUCCAGAGUUUGCAGAAAGACUUGAGUUUUCAUCAGUUGACGGAGCGGAGAAGCGUUCAUCGGGACCGGGGAAUCCUCUUUCUCCUCUACAACCCGUUCCCUCCCAAACCACCCCGGCAGCCUCCACGCCUUCCCUACCGCCUCAUACUCCCUCCCCCAUGUCGUCUGCGCCGCACACGCCACCCAUCUCCACCUCGCCCGCUCUGACGCCCACAGUUAGCCCCCAGCAGCAUCCUCUCAGCAGGCUGAAGCAGGUUAAUCCUUUACUGCAGAAGCAGCUGAAACCAACACCUGCGCUGCCAUCUCCUACAAAGGAUCYGUUACCUGCCGUCGGACAGACUCCGGCUCUCAGAGCAUCUGGGAACACUCCGCAGCAAAGCCCCUCCAAGGAUUGGCAGGUAAACGUGAAACGGGACGAGCACCGCCGGACUGCGAGCUCCUCUAAAGCUCCAAUCAGGCACAUCUCAGAGGAUACCUUUGAGGCCAUAAAGAACUCUGAUUCAGAAAGAGAUUCUCCUCUUUUGGACCAGAACCCGGGAGAUAACGCCCCCCUCAUCCCUCCUAAACCUGUCUUCUGCCCCCCAACCAAGGCCCGGACCUGGCCUCGGAGUAUAACAACAGGAAAGAAGACCCAGGUCAGCCUGAGACACAACUUUCCCAUACUGCCCCCUCUGCCUCCCCUGUUGGGCGAGGAUAACAGCACAGAUGAAGAGUCGGUUUAUUUGUUAGACCCCCCGUCGCCUUUCCUGAAGGAGGAAGAGGGGUUGGUGUACGGGGGGCUGCCGCUGUCCCCCUGUAUCAGUCAUGAAGGGGAUGAAGAGGGGCUGCUUGGAUGGAGUGAUCUCAGAGAACGCACAGCUUCUGAAAUCAAAUUUGAGGAGGACGAGCGACGGAUUCUUCAGGAGCUCGAGGAAGAGAAAGAGGAGGAAGAGGAGGAGGAGUGGAAAAGAAAACGAGAUUUAGCCGAAGAGGAGAGAGCUCAGAGAGAGGAGCGGGAGUGGGAGGCAGUCCUUAAAUUGGAGAACAGAGAGAGGUUCGAGCGGUCCUGGGACAGGGAAACAUUGGAGUCACAGACAUGGGAUUUAUCUGGCUCAUCGGGACAUUGGCCCCUGUUGACCCCCCCCUCGGGUUUUGGUGGCCCCAGGGCCCCCAGCGCCUCACCCUGUCCCAGCUCAGGUGCAGAGUCAGUUGACCUCUUCCUGGAGCUGGAAAGGCAGUGUGAGGAGGGAGUGGAGGGGCUGGAGAUGAGUGUCGACCCCGAGCCUCUCUGUGAUCCUUACACACUUCCUUGUUUAGAGGAAGAGGAGGAGGAGGAGGAGGAGGAGGAGGAGCGAGAAGAAGAGUCUGUAGAGACGGAUUACAAAGGAACUCUUCCUCUAGAUGCAGUUAACUUUAAAAGUGUUGAUUUGAACUUUAUGACACCAGAAGCUUUAAACCAGCCUGAGCACAUAGAAGAACUCAGAAACCCGGACUUUAAGGACCAUGAGAACGAACACGGUUUCAUUGAUGAAGAAUGUGACUUUGAUGAGGAUAAGAAAAAGAURGAUGAAGAGGAGAUUAGUUACCCAACAGACUCUGCUAUUGGUCAACAGCUGGAGUCAGAUUCCAGCGGAGUCCAGCUCUCCCAGCCAGACCGAACUGCAACAGAUUCUGAGCUGGAGAGACCUCCACAGACUGAGACGGACCUGGACAGCGGGGCGUCAUCGGAACCCGAUGAAGAGGCCUCGUCUUCUGCAUCUCGGAGCCCUCUAAACCCAUACGCUGAGGAGGAGGAGGAUGAAGGGGGAGUGAAAGAGGAUGAGGAGUUGGAUGUCUGUGACCAAUCUGUGCCGAGUUUGGACAGCAUUCAAGACGACUCCCUGGAUCCUCAGCUCUGGGCUGAAAAACAAACCGACAGUGAAUGUACCCAGGAUGUUGAUGCUCAAGAAGAGCCAAACGUUUGCAUGAAAAUAACGUCGGACACAGGAGGAACUCAGUGUGUGUCUGAGGACUUAGCUUCUGGUUUGUACAAGGCUGAACAUGCCCAGAGUCCAGAAACUAGAAUAAUAAUUAGCACCCCUAAACCAGACUUGGUUCUGCCUCAGCACACAGAACCAGCACCGUCUUCCUUCUCAUCUCAGGCCAAGUCUGACUCUAGUGGCGCAGGUUUGGACCCUGCAGACUCAGAGGCCUUCGUGACGUCGGAUAGUUUCGUUUACCUGGCUGUAUCUGUGCCUCCUCAGUACCUCAGUGGCUGUCCCCCCUCUCCAGUCGGAGACUCCAUCCCUCCCAGUCCUGUCCCCAAACCGGCCCGCUGCCACGACCCGGAGGACUCUGAGGAUGGCUCCAUCGUUUUCUCCGACAGCUUUGUGUACAUGGCAGCGCCCGAGCGGCCCCAGCCGGGGCCGUCCGAGUUCGGCUCCACCUGUGAGGACGCCCAGGAGCUCGACCUGGACUCGUACUCUGAGGGGACCCAGUCCGGGUUGGAGGGGGUUGAAUUCGUUCUGGGCUCCAUGACUGGCGACAGCGACUGGGAGUCAGAUAGUUCCGCUUUGGAGUUUCCUCCCGUCGUGUCCAGCGACCAGGUCUGGGACCAACUGGAGCCGGGCCUCUUGCAGAGCCUGUUCAGCCAGCCAGAGCUGAGCCAGGUACAGGCAUGGGGUCCUC